AUGUCGGAAUAUAUUUCUACGCGAGAUGAAAUUGGACAAACAAGAGGAUCUGCGUUCACUUUAGUUGCUAAUUCUUUAAAUAAAUUUCCAACUGAUGCUCGGAGAUUUAAUAUAACUUAUAAUGAUGAUGAACAAGCAUUUGGUAAUUAUUUACUUAGAGAACCAUUACCAUAUUUGAUUAUUAAAAUAAUUCGCACACAUAAUGAACAAACUAGAAAUUCAUCGAGAGCAUCAAUUGAAAAUGCAUUCCAACAAGCUAUGCGUACUAUAAUGGAACAGACUAAUAUUUGGCUUUUAAAUGGUACUCGAGCAAUGAUUGGUUUGGAAGACUAUGACAUAAAACUAGCUAAAAAUAAUGAACACAGUUCGAAUAUUAUUAUAUGUGAGCCAUUUGGAAAAUCACAACUUUUGAUGUAUCAUACUCCAGCAGAUCAAUUCAUAGACAAAAUUAUUUAUCAACUGCAACGACUAGAAGCAUUUUCUCGAAUCCCUAUUGUUGCUUUGCUUGUGCAAGGAUUCAUUGCUAAUAAAUUAGCUGCUGCAUGUAAACCAAUUGACAAUGAAUUUAAAACUAUUCAUUCAGGAUUAUCUAGCGAACAAUUAUCAUCAGAAAUAGAUUUUCGCAAACUUGCUCAUAUAAAUGAUAAUCAAAAAAGUCUUAUCUUUGUUUGUCAACCAGGUAAAGAUGAACUUGAUGAAAGUAUUCUUCGAGCAAUUAGUUCUGCAAUACGAAUUAUUGAUAGUUCUUAUGCUCAUAUCAUGGAAUUAAACUUUGCUAUACGAUUAAACAAAAUUGAUUAUGCACAAAUAAAUAUACUCAAUUAUAAUACAAUUAUCCACUGGACAAAUGACGAAUUAGACUCAUGUCUUGAAGUUGCAAUACUUUCAAAUGCUGUAUCAUUCGUUGACUUAUUAUUUCAAUAUGGUGCAUCAUUACAACGUUUAGCUCUUAUUAGUAAUUUCGAUCUUUUUCAAAUAAAAUCUGACAAAAAAAAAAGUGAUAUGGCUGAACUUCUCGUUGAACAUAUUCCUGUUGUAACACAUCUUGAUCGGGAUAAACGAAUAAGAAGUAGGUUUAUAAAAGUAUUCUUCAUUGAAUUAUUUAUUGAUAUUAUUCCAGCAUAUAUUCGUCUUUUAUUCUAUUGGGCUAUUGAAAAUGAAUAUUUCGAUCUUGUUUUGAGUAUUUGUGUUCGAUUAGAAGAUUCAAUUACUGCAAUGUUACUUGUUAGUCAAUGGUGCCAAGAUAAGGAACAACAUGAAUAUACAACAAUAAAUAAUUAUCGAAAAUAUCGCCGACAAUUUCAAACGUAUGCUGCUGAAAUACUUGAUCGUUGUUAUGCAGAUAAUCAAGAAGAGACAAUUGAAUUCUUAAAUGAAAAAUCAAUUUUAUAUCAAGAUCAAGAACCAUCAGUUCUAAUCGAUGAUCUUUGUUCAAAAUCAUUAGUAUCAACUAAAUGUAUACAAUCGCAUGCUAAUACAAUAUGGUAUGGAAAACAGUUUCAUCGAAAUAAAAAUUUUUUUUGGGAAAUUCUGAUUUGUCUUGUAUGUAUUUGUCCAUUAUUAUUAAUUAUUCCAUUUAUACGUAAUCGAGUUCUUCAAUGGGAUGAGAUAGAGAAGAUUGAACGACAAAAAAAUAAGUAUCGAAGUAAAAUAAGAAAUAUCGGUGAACCUUUUCGUCGAUUUUAUUAUGGCAAUGCUUUUAUUCGAUUCCGUUACAAUAUGGGUUCCUAUACUGCUUUUCUGAUUUUAUUCAGUUAUACAAUUUUAUUUGAUUAUUUUCCAUUGAAUAUUUAUGAAGACGGACGUUCAAAUAUAUCUAGAUUACCAAUUCCAUUAACUGAAUUGAUUUUGCAUAUAUUUCUUUUAUCAAUUGCUGUAGAAGAAAUUCGACAAAUAAUGUUACAUGUUAGAUCAGUUUCAGUUAAAACUCCUUAUUGGACAAAAUUAGAUGGAAUAAAGCGUCAUCGUAGUACAAUAUGGUCAUUCUAUAAUAAUGAUCCAUGGAAUAUAUUAGAUUUAGUUGCUUUUACUUUUUGGUUUAUUGCUUUUAUUACACGUUUUAUUGUUAAAGAUUAUGUAUUUGCAUUAUCAAAAAUAUUUAUGAGUCUUGAUUUAUGUUUAUGGUAUAUGCGAUGUUUACAUAUAUUUCUUGCAUCAGAAACAUUAGGACCAAAAUUAAUAAUGAUAUUUCAUACGAUGAAGGAUUUAAUAUUAUUCCUUCUUUUUAUAUUUAUUUUUUAUUUGGCUUAUACAAUAACAACAUAUUCAUUGAUAUCAACAUCAUCAAUGGUUAUAUGGUCAAAUUCAACAUAUUUUACAACAAUACAAGAUGGAGGAAAUUUAACUAAUUUGGAAAUUUUACGAAAUAUUAUUGAAUGGGGUACAUGGAAAAUAUUUGGAAGUACUAGUUUAACAACAACUGAUUUAGUUGCUGUGCAAUAUUCAGCAAAGAAUGAUGCAUAUGGUUUUGUUACUUUAAUUUUAACAAUAACUUUUUUAAUUAUUGCAUAUGUUCUUUUAUUAAAUAAUCUUAUUGCUUUAUUUAAUUUUACAAUUCAACGUGUUCAUGGUGACUCACGUCAAGCAUGGUUUUAUCAUUUUUAUGUUGUUCUAAAAGAAUAUGAAGAAAAACAAAUGUUUGUUCCACCAUUUAAUUUAUUAUUAUGGCCAAUACGUUGUUUUAUGCGUAAAAAAUCUGAUAAUAAUAAGAGAACAAAUACUUUAGUUGACAAUAAUCAUUAUAAUAUAGCACGUAUUCGAAGACAACAACAAAGAAUAGCUGAAAAAUAUUGGAAAGAUAAACAAAUUAGUGAAAAUAGAUCUAUUAAUCAAAGAUCAUAUGUAUCUCGUCAAUGUAGAUGCCAUGGCAGUGAAAUUGGUGAUACUGAAUCGACACUUUUAUAA